CCCUCCUCUUGCUUCUGAGUCGAGCGUUUGUUUUUCAUCUAUUUCGCACCAUCUCUCUUCUCUCGCGUUCUUUGUAUUUCCCCGUCUCUGUCUGAGGCUGAAACACUAAAAUUAGAGGAUAUCUCGCCAUAUUUCUUGGAAAGCUUUCGUCCCCCUGCAAAGGAGAUUCUAACUACAAUGUGUACCAUCUUAUGCAAAAUCUGAUCCACUCUCUUUAGAGUAGCCUUAGGCUUCAUGGAUUCACAGAGUCAGAACACUUCAUUACAACGGCUUCAAAAUGUUGAGAAGAGAAUCGUUAGGGUUUUGGAGCUGGCAGGAGGGGUUAUGGAUGAGCUGGCUAACCCAACUGGACCCAGAAAGGAGCUCAUCAACAACCACUGCCUUGAGUUCAUGAAGAUGAUCAAGGAUAUCCAAGUCACAUUGCGAGAUGAAAUCAAAAGUGCAUGUGAAUACCGCCCCUUUGAGAAGUGUGAUUACAGUUCAAGAAUUGCCAAUGAAAUCUGUUGCAAGAAACUGGAAUAUGUCGUUUCACAGUUGGAUGGAAUGAAACAAACUGUUGAUGAAUAUCAUGGUGCAAUGUGAAGGUGAAGAUGCGUGAUACAGAAGUGCUGGUAAUUUGUUGCAUGCAACUGAUUGGUAUGGUAGAGGAAAGGAGAAAAACCUGGAGUGCAUUUAGGUAGUAGCUUAAAAACAGUUUAAGAAAUGGAGAAUGUUCUCAUGUGAUGAUUCUUCUGUGUUUGUUAGGUUACUUUAGAAAUAUAGGUUGAAACUGUAAUAUUUCUAUUUUCAACAGAUGCCUGGUUCAGCGACAUGAUCAUCAUAUUUUUGCGUCUUGAUAUUCCACGUUUCUGUUGCUAAUAUAUUCAAACCUUGGGUCA